AGUCAAUAUGUCAUGGAGCAAAAGCAAAAUAUUUUAUCGCCUUUUUGGCCUUAAAACGUACAAAUCUACAAUAUUUAGGGGAUCAUUUGGUAACCAGGAGACGGAUUUACUUGUUAGCGCACAGCGGUUCAUCUCAGCAUCUUCACCAUUGUACGUGGAAAAGAAAGAUACAUCCAAACCACUGUCUCAAACCCCAGAUCCUAAACAAGUUGAGUCUGGUUGGUACGAAUGGUGGGAGAGUCAAGGCUACUUCAAGCCAAAACCUCAGAUAAAUGAUGAGAAUGCAAAGUUCGUCAUGUGCCUCCCUCCUCCAAACAUAACAGGAAGUUUACAUCUUGGACAUGCUCUAACCAACAGCAUACAAGAUGCUAUUGUGAGAUGGCACAGAAUGAAUGGGAGACAGACACUAUGGGUGCCAGGGUGCGAUCAUGCCGGGAUUGCUACACAAGUCAUUGUUGAAAAAAAACUUUGGAAAGAACAAAAGAAGACACGUCAUGAUUUAGGACGUGAAGAAUUUCUCAAAGAAGUGUGGAAAUGGAAAAAUGAGAAAGGAGGGGAAAUAUUCCAACAGAUGCGAAAACUUGGAUCAUCUCUUGAUUGGAGUAAGGAGGCAUUUACACUUGACCCU